UUUGUUGAGCUCAGUUUUGUUUCGCGUCAUCGUAUUCGUUUGACUCAAAAUGACAGAUUGCAGAUGAAAAUAGAUUCAAAGGUGUCAGCGAGUUCGAAGAAACACUUUAUGCGACUUGCGUGUGUGUGAUGGAUAGAAAGGGUGUGUGUGUGACAUGCGUGUGAGGUGUGUAUGUGUGAUGGAGAGAAAGGGUAUGUGUUACUGUGUUUCUGUGCGGUGGGAUUAGUGACACUGGUGUUAUUUAAAGCGGCGUGCAAUAGUGUGGAGCUGCCAGACAGUGUCUCAGACACAGCAGGAGAGGAUGCAGAAGAUCUACGUGCAGAGUGAUGGGCACUUUGAGGUAUUCACCACUGUCUUCUCCCCACAAGCUUGUAGAGCAAGAACAAGAUACAGGCCUAGGGAAGCAGUGAAGGUAGUAGCAGCAGUCAACUACAGGCCUCAAUGGCCAGAUGAACUUCAACUCUGUCAGGGUGACAUCAUCCAAGUUCUCUUCAGAGAUGAGCCCUCGUGGUGGUUCGGGCGUCUACAGAACGGGGCAGAGGGGUACUUUCCAACCGCAUGUGUGACCAGACUGAACCAGAGUGAUGAUCAUGAGCCAGUGAAUGCCAAUCCAAGCUUGUUACAGAGUUCAUCCAAGGAUGCAGCUCCUGAUGCCCCCUGUGGCUGCACAAGCGGUCGUAGUACUCCAAAGGUCCCCAGGCAUGAGAAAGAGAGCCUCUUCCGGGCCCUGGGACACGAGGCCUCCUCAAAGUCAGGAUCGGCCCACAGCUCCCCCAGCCUGUUGCACCGUGUGCUGUCCAAGGGCCACCGGAGGAAGAUUGACGCCCAGGGACUGGGAGAUGUAAAUUGCUCCAUCAAUGUAGCAUUUGAACCUGACUGAUUGUUUAUCUCUAAGAAUUGUAUCAUGUAUGUGCAGCCCUUUAUUCUGUGUUAGUUUCCAUGGCUGUUAGGUUCAUCAAAACACAAACUUCACAAAACUGGAGCUAUUAUAGCUGUCAUAUUUUGGGGUAAUAGUGAAAUAUCAAUCAUAAGGGUGUGACAUGUUACACUACUUGUUCUGGAGUAUGUUUAUCCUCUAUUUACCAUUGAGAUUAAUGGAGUACAGCAAAGUACAUGUUCUGUCAGUCUUCUUCUCUACUGUUAAUAGCCAACUGUGAUCCCUUAUUUGUUAGCUGUUUUUACCCCAUUGUUAUUUGUACUGCUGCUUCACUUUAAUUUGUACAUAUUGCAUAUAUUAUAUUUGAACAAAAUACAUUGUAAUGUUAAAUCAUUGUUUGCCUUCUUCAUAGUAUGAUUGAGCUUCCUGCCCACCCAGUCUUCAGGCACUCACAAGCAAAACACACUCCUCUACAGUGGGAACUUACUGCAACACAAGCUAAUAGUUUUAGCGUUUUAUUAUUACCAAACUGAGGUACAUGUGCACGGGUUGGCAGUGACUCUAUACACAGGUGACAUAAACAAUGUGCCAUAUAAAAACUGUGAAAAACAAAUUGGUCUUUCUAUAAAAUAGAAAUUAUACACAAGUGCUACAUGUACCUUUUUCCCUCCAAACCUAGAACAGGUUUAAAAAUAAAUAAUAUUACAGGUAAACAAAAUGUUAAAUCAUAUUACAAUAAAUCUUUACACAAAGAUGCAGUACACUUGUAAUUAACUUUGAUUGGAAUAUCCUUCAGUUGCCCUAGUACUCCUAUCAACUGAAACCUAGGUUGAUAAAAUACUUCUUAAUGUAGGGUAAAACUAACACACUACGCUUCAGAAUCAAAUACUGUAGAUCAACACUUGACUUUCUUAAAAUGCCUUACAGAACUUUAUACAUACUGUUUUAUGAUUUCAAAUUAAAAUCCAUGUUUAAAACCUUGCUAAGAAAGGAAUCAGUUUACAUACCUAUACUUUUACAAUUUGAGUUACCGGUAAGUGAAAUCCCAAUACAUAAAACAAACUCUUUGGAUAACCAAGGAGCAAGUACUUUAACUUAUGUACACCAACCAACUGCCAAAAUGUUUAUUAAAGUAUGUUUGUCCCAGGCAGUGUUUCUCCAAUGGCUUCUGACCCUCAGACAUGCAUGACCUGCUUUGUCUCAGUAGCAGCAGAACAUGCACACAGUACAAUGCCACAAAGGCAAACUCCAUUACCCUUACUUCUGGUUAACAAUAACAGUACAUUCAAUUAUAACAAAAUGUGUACGCUACAUCCAAAGGAAUACACAAAUGUUGAAAACAAUAAGUGCAAUUUGCUUCUGCAUAGACAUCUGAGGUGGAAGGCUGUAAACUGUGUUUGUAAUAAUAUGGGACAAAAUGUGAAUAUGGGGCAGGAUGUGAAUAUGGGGCAGGAUAUGAAUAUGGGGCAGGAUGUGUUCUGUGAAUUUUUCAAUGCUUUCAUCUCCAGGGAGAGAGAAUAGAUACUGCUAUUGUCCAAUUCAAAAUAAUUAGAACAUGUUUACAGUCUGUGCAAAGAAGUAACAGUACAUUUCUUUAUAAGUUUUGAAAAGUAUUUUCAGUAUCUAACAUGAUUCACUGAUGAAGUGUUAAAAAAUUCCAUUGAGGUGGGGGUUUUGUUUAGCGGUAAAACAGCAUUAACACCAUCAGAUGUACAAUAUCAAUAUUUUUGAUGAGAAAAGCUUCAAAGGCUUCUGCACAAUAAAUUACAAAAAGUUACAGAUUCCAAUUUCUCUGUACCUUCAACGCAGAAAACAUUCAUUAAAUGCUUCCACCUUUCUCUUGCUACAGUAUACAACACACACCACUUUUUAUAGUGCAAAAUCAACAGAGUUAUGGUCUUUAAGGUUAUUCAAUACAAAAUAACUUCAAUGAAUUGCUACCAGUAUGGUUAAUCGCCUACAUAUUGUUAAAUCAUUUUCCUAUCACCCUGUAAUUGAAAACAGACAAAUAAAAACAUCACAGGUG